CAGCGGACAGAAUGCUUUGUUAGAUGGGUGGUGUCAUUUGGCACGGUCCAGCAGCUGAAAAGUAUAACAAGCAUGGCAACUCCUUUUGUACCUGUGCCUUUGCCAAUAGGAAAUUCUUCUGCAGGCAGCAUUCCAACUCGAAGCCAAAGGAGCUCUUCGCUUGGAAGCUGCUCAACUGGUUCAAACUCAUCAAAGGAGCCACAUGAAGAUGCCAAUGCCAGAGGGCGCAAGAAGCUGAGUGCACCCGAUCAAGUCAGCUGCACUUCAUCCUUAUGCAGUAGCCCUCUCAUCAGGACUAAGUUUGACUCUUCAGUAGAGUACAGUUCCCGACCAGUGGAACAUGAACAUGUACCAAACUCGGUGGAUCUGGAGGAACGGCCUUCAACCCCAACCAUUUUAGGAUAUGAAGUAAUGGAAGAACGAGCAAAGUUUACGGUUUACAAACUUUUGAUUAGAAGAAGCCCAGAUGAGAGUUGGGUUGUAUUCAGAAGAUAUACAGAUUUCUCAAGACUUAAUGACAAGCUUAAGGAAAUGUUUCCUGGUUUCCGGCUUGCUCUUCCACCUAAGCGAUGGUUUAAGGACAAUUAUGAUUUGGAUUUUCUAGAGGAUCGUCAGCUGGGUCUACAGGCGUUUCUACAAAACUUGGUGGCUCACAAGGAUAUUGCAAACUGCGCCCCUGUGAGGCUAUUUCUCUGUUUAGAUGAUCCUCCUGGUCCUUUCGAUAGUCUAGAAGAAAGCAGGGCUUUCUGCGAGACUUUAGAAGAAACAAAUUACAGACUUCAAAGAGAUCUUGCCGAGAAGCAGAAGGAGCUGGAAGCCAUGAAGAAGCUGUUAAAUGAGAAACAGCUGCAUAUACAGACCCUGGAAAGCCAGUUUCAGGAAAUGAAUAUGGGACGCAGUGAGGCCCGCAGACCUUCCAGAGAGGAAAGUGAAUGCAGUGGUGAAGUGGAGUCUUCUGCAAUUGAAGCCGAUCAAGCUGCCUCUACAGGAAAUGGCUCCUAUAGGGACAGCCAUGAGAACUGCUGGAAUGAAUGUCCACAUGGAGAGCCUCUUCCAGAGAUUGAAGUUGCUGAGGUGGCAGAUCCUGACGAAGACAUUUAAUGUGCCUGUGUUAACAAUGGACGGACAUGUUCUGCCCAUCGUCAUGUGUUCCUCUUCCAUCCUGUGAAAUCUUAGAGCCUUUAACUGACAUGCAGGAUGUUUCCAUGCACAGAUAACACUAAGACGUGAAAGUGCCGUUAUUGCUGCUAUAUGGCCGGCCCGUUGAAGUUUGCUAUAUACAAUCUGAGGAAGUAAAGGGGAUUGCACCUUAGAACUGAAUAAACAAAGCCCAUCUUUUGAUUCUCUCACAGUAAUGAUUCACCAGUAAUUUUGUGUCUAGCUGUGUCUGUGUGAGGAUGGCAUUGUUUUCAAGCACUUUUGUAGAAGUCCACAUUAAUCGCAUCAGUGCCACACGGGGCUGUUCUGCUUUGCCAAGAAUGCUUCUUGCUUCCUUUCUUUUUCCACACAAAGAAUCACUUGUUUCCUGCUGUGGAUGUUGCCAAUCGUGUUAUUUUAAUCAGCGGCGGCUCGGAGAGAGAUUUUCUAGUAACUGAGCAACAACCUAUGUGUACAGGUUGUUCUAUUAUUAGACCGCUGUGCAGGCAGCACACCUGACCCCCAGCAGCUCCCUUGGAGAUUCAUUGGAAGUUUCCAUUAAGACCUGAAACCUUUUGUGUACAUUGGUGCUCAAGAAAGCACAUCUAUCUAACGUUAAAUGAUUGUUAAAGAGGACCUGUCA